AUGACUCCGGGUCAGUCCUCCACCGGCACCCUACUUGUCGGCUGUGACGGCGUCAGGUCCACCGUUCGCUCCGAAAUGUGGCGCCUCGGCAACGUCCAAUAUCCGGGCUACUUCGGCUCAGGCGGACUCUCCGAGGUGCGCGCCCGUUGGUGCACCCUGUUUGGUAUCUCGGCCAUCGACACCGUGCCCCGCAGCGCCAACAUGACCAUGAAUCAGGACUUUGCCUGCAACCUGAUGUCGCGCGGGGGCUACGCCUAUCUUGUGCUGCAUAUGCCGCUGCCUAAGACACUUGAUGGCGACGACAUCCAACCGUACGACGCCAACGCGCCGGAGGAGGUGGCCAGAAAGCACUGGGACGAUCUGCUCCGCGAGGGCGUCACCUUUUCCGACGUGUACGCCAAGUUGACGCGCAAGAUGCUAGGGCUCUGCCAGGAGUACGUCCUGCAGAAGUGGCACUUUGGCCGCGUCAUGCUGCUCGGCGACGCCGUGCACAAGAACUAUCCGGCCACUGGCCAGGGCGCCAUGCCCUGUCUCGAAGAAAACGCCGCGUCGCCGGCGUCGGCGCCGUUGCCCUGCCCGCAACUCAAGCGCGCCGGCUUUGAGGCCCUCUCCGCCGAGACGCAGCGCCGCCGUGCCAAGUGUUCCAAAGCCACCUCACAGGAGCCGUUCCUUGUCAUCAGCCUGUACGCGUGGCGCAACCCGGGGUUCAGACUCAUGUUGCGGUAUUUGCUGCCGCUGAUCAUGCCCGAUUUCAUCAUGGGCAUCUUCAUGGACACGAUGCGGCCAGCGCCAUGUCUGCCGCACGAGUAUGCAAAUGCGCUGGCGGGCAAAAUGAAUGCGCUGGUGGGCUUUGACGACGAAGAUCGGGGGCCCAAGGUGCCUCUGGCAGGGAAGGCGCUACAGAGUAUCACCUGCCUGGUGCUCGUCAAUCUAACAUGA